AUGAGUUUAUGUACAGAAAUGUCAAAGUUAAACUUUCGGCUAUUAAGCGUUCUCCUGGCCGUCGGAAUCGGGACCAACUUGCAGCUUUAUAGCUCAUCGAUCUUCAACAAUUUGGUGAACGUUUCACUGCACUGGUUGAACAACUCGCAUCAGCAGCAAUAUUCUCUGCUACCUGACGAGAACGAUUUGCGAUUGAGGCUCAGUGCUGCUGUCAGCAGCUUUCAUUAUGGAGCUAUUGUCGGAGCUCUAUUUACCGCAGUCAUGGCAGACACCUUCGAUAGGAAGGUGACUCUUAUAAUCGCCGCAGCAACUACGUCACUGGGACUCAUUAUGUCUGCUUUUGGCAUUCACGUCUACCAAUAUGGUCUCCUGGUUGCUGGCCGGAUAGUAAGUGGCACUGCUGUCUCAUGCGGCUUGGGCGUGUCCAGCAUAUUCCUGUAUGAAAUAGCGCCUUGUGACCAACGAUUUCUGUUCGCUGUGGUUCAACAGGGUUUCAUUGGCAUUGGAUCUUGUCAUUCACUUGCAGCUUUCCGUCUGUACUUGGAAACGAAGCCUUGUGGCCGUGUGCCCUGGCUUUACUGGUGA